AAGCCAACACUCACUGCCAGUCGGUCUCGCAGAGCGGUAUACCCGCCACUACGGUCGAAGCGAAAUAAAAAUAAUACACCACCCCGUCAGUGGUGUAACGAUAUAUUUUACAAAGCGAAAUAAAAGAAAACCAACAAAAACAUAAAAUAAAAGACGGUCGGAAAGAUUUAUUCUUGCAUAUAAAUUAUAUAGUAUUUUAUACGAAACCCGAAUAAAGAGUGGCGCUCGUCCGCCCACUUUUCCUGAUUUUUUUUUCGUGGGACGAACAAAGCGAUUAUGUCGGGAACGGAUUCGGGAUCGGGAAUCGGAUCGGAAAAUAUGGGCAUUAGCAUCGGUGUAUCGGGAUAAUAUAUUAAAAAAAUAACGAAAGAAAGAACGAACAAAACAAAGGCCUUUUUACUCUCGUAUGCCAAUUAAUUGUGUGGUUGUGUCUCGAUGUCGCUUCACAAAAGCUAAUGGGUCUUAAAUAGUGUGUGUCUUUUGGAAAUUUUGAAUAUAUUCCGACCCAGCCCACGAACUUCCCCCACCUCCCACGGGGCGGAUGCGUCAUAUGUAAAGGAGCGGAAAAGCGAACAGCGAAAAAGGGCAAAAAAAAGGGAGAGAGCCCAGAUACCAAGAAACAGUGGCCACAACAAAAAAAAAAAACACAACACAAAAGCCAGACCAAGAAGCAGAAACGGUUCACCCCCACUUCCGCUGCUUUGCUUCUUUGGUUCUAUUGUUGUUGCUUUUGUUGUUUUUGUUGCAGCUGUUGAUGCCGCCGGCUAUUUGUGGCGUGCUUGCCACUGCGCAUGUGUGUGUGUCAACCCCCGCGGCCACUAAACAACAACAAAGUUAAAAGUGAAACACAAAAAAAAAAGAAGAAAAGUUCAAUUCCUCAUUUCGAAUUGUUAGUGCAACACAUCAAUUAAUUAAGCUCCAGUUUUAUGCGAUUCGCAAGUGAUCUGCGACGAUUUAAUAAAAGAAAAGUGCAAAGUUUAAGUGAUCCCUUCGUCCCUGCCCCUCGACAAGAUAAAUAAGAAAAGAAUUGAAAGUAAAAGCGAGAAGAAAAAUGUGCUCCACAUGUGUCGGCAGGCUGGCGCUACUUGCCACCGCCCUGCUAGCACUCGUAACCCUAGCCGCAGGAAUUCAGGAUCUACCCGAUCUGCUGUAUCAUCACAAAAAUCAGUAUAAUGAUGAUCCCAAGACAGCUACUUUGGAGCAGCAAGAUAUGGUGGCGGGUAGGUCUGGAAAACCCGCAAAAAUAUCCGAGGAUAUUAUGUACAAUUACCUCAUGCAGUUUGAUUAUCUGCCCAAGUCGGAUCUGGAAACGGGAGCGCUCCGCUCCGAGAAGCAGCUGAUAGAUGCAAUCCGGAGUCUCCAGACUUUUGGCAACAUUCCAGUUACGGGGAAAAUUGACUCGGCAACGGCCAGGCUAAUACAGCAGCCCCGAUGCGGUGUGGGCGACAAGCAGCAUGCGUACGAUUUCUCACCGGAUAACCUGGACCACGACAUCGGCUACAGUAUUCGAGUGCGACGUUAUGUUCUGCAGGGACCCAAAUGGUCCAAAACGGAUCUAACAUGGAGUUUGGUCAACCGCACCAUGCCUGAUGCCACGAAAAUCCGGAUGAUGGUGGGCAGAGCUCUGGCCGUUUGGGAAAACAACUCGAAGCUGACUUUCCGGGAAGUGUACAACGAGCAGGCGGACAUCCAGAUACUCUUUGCACGGCUCCAGCACGGCGAUGGCUAUAAAUUCGAUGGACCCGGUCAGGUGCUGGCCCACGCCUUCUAUCCCGGCGAGGGCCGUGGCGGGGAUGCCCAUUUCGACGCCGACGAGACCUGGAAUUUUGAUGGCAAUGCCGACGAUAGCCACGGAACCAAUUUUCUGAACGUGGCGCUGCACGAACUGGGUCACUCGCUGGGACUGGGCCACUCCUCGGACCAGAAUGCGGUCAUGUUCCCCUGGUACCAGAACAACGAGGUGGACGGCAAGCUGCCCGAUGACGAUCGCAAUGGUAUCCAGGAGCUGUACGGCUCCAAGGAGAAGGUAUGGGGUCCCUACCGACCGAAUGCUACUCCGAGAACCACAACAACCACCACCACGACCACGAUGCGACCGCUGAGAUAUUAUCCCCAGACACCACGUUAUCCUCCCUACAAUCCCAGCCGGGAAGCGGAUAGGGAGUAUGAGCGGAGACUGCAGCGGGAGCAGGAACGUCGUCUCCAGUGGGAGAGGUCAGAGCGUGAGAGGGUGGAGCGUGAGAGGUCAGAACGUGAAAGGGUGGAGCGUGAGAGGGUGGAACGUGAGAGGUCAGAACGUGAGAGGGUGGAGCGUGAGAGGUCGGAUCGUGAAAGGUUGGAUCGUGAGAAAUGGGAAAGGGAAAGGAACCGAAACAGAUAUGCCACCACAACCACUGUAAGGCCAACCACUUCCACCACCACAACCACGCGGAGACCCAUCCGGACACAUACGACUACCAGCAAUCGGAACGGCCAUCACCACAAGCCACGGAAACACAAGCUGGACAGCUGCAAGAUCAGCUACGACGCCAUCUCCUUGAUUCGCGGCGAACUCUUCAUUUUCCGAAAAAAUUAUGUUUGGCGCAUUGGACAAAAGGGUCUAUAUAACAUGUAUCCCGUGGAAACUAGACGACACUGGUCUGCCUUGCCGCAGAACUUGACCCGGGUGGAUGCGGUCUACGAGAAUAAACGGGGUCAGAUCGUGUUCUUUAUAGGUCGUGAGUACUUUGUGUUCAACUCGGUGAACUUGGCUCCCGGCUACCCGAAGCCACUGACCAGUCUGGGCCUACCGCCCACCCUCUCCCACAUUGACGCCUCCUUCGUGUGGGGACACAAUAAUCGCACCUAUCUGACAAGCGGCACUCUGUACUGGCGAUUGGACGAUGCCACCAACCAGGUGGAGCUCGACUAUCCGAGGGAUAUGAGCAUCUGGUCGGGCGUGGGCUACAAUAUCGAUGCCGCCUUCCAGUACACCGACGGAAAGACGUACUUCUUCAAGAAUCUGGGCUACUGGCAGUUCAACGACGACCGCAUGCGGGUGGCCCAUGCCAAGGCGCUGCCGUCCUCGCACAAGUGGAUGCAGUGCGUCCGGAGCGCCAACGAGGUGGACGAGGAGCACUGGACGGCCCCGUUGGUUUCCGCUGAGAGCGAGGACGAAAACGAGGAUGGAACGGGGAGAAGCGGCACUCAGAACCUGCCGAUCAGUCUCCUCCUGCUCCUGACUAGCCUGUUAUUCGCCACAAUACUGAGCAGUUAAGAUUCGUAGAAAGGGUCUAGGUUAAGAAACCCAUAAAAUACCAUUUUGCAUAAUUACGAAAAAAAAUAAUAAGGAUAAGCGCGGGAGUUGUAGGAAACGUUUUUGGUUUUAUUGUUACAGAUUCCUAUUUCGAAUUCGAUUCUCAAAAGCUCAAAACUUAAUUAGAAAUAGAGGAGACACUCUGUAGCAUCAGUGAGCCGAACAGAUCUGAUAGGAACUACAUAUAAAGUUAUUAUUUAAAAGCAGAGCGCAACUGUGUGACAGUCUGGCGCAUUAUUGCCCCCAAAGACGACACCGAACGGCCUUUCACUAGAAUUAAGUACGAAAUAAAUCAGCAGCCUAGUGAGGGUCGGAUAUAGAUGCAGGAUAUCCUUCAUAUGGUGUCUAGGACCUGCCACUUGGCUGAUUUAUUCAUGGACACUUGCCAAUUGUGCACACUGGCGCCAUCUAUUCGACAAAUAGCAGGGCUGUUUAACCAGAUCUAAGCAGAUAAACAAUACGACUAAGAUAUACUCUAUACAUAUACUAUCCUAAUAAUAAGUGACUAGCAUUAAGGAUGCGAGAACAGUGUGCAAGCAGCAUCUAUGUAGUACAGGACGAGUCGAAAUUCCAAGUUGAAAAUCGAUACCACAACUGCCUUAUAAAUAAGUAUAGUAUUGCUUUUUUGAUGGGGAUAGAUCCAGGGUCUAGCUGAGAGCCGUCCCCUGGUCUGAUCCUCUGACCUUGUUUUGACUAAACUUUCUAAUUUAAUUUUAUAUGUGUAAAUGUGAUAUUAUCAUAAAUUCAGUGCGAUUGUAAACGAGAGAAACCCGUGACAAAAAAGAGGACAAACAAAACAAAGAAGUUGCAUUUUUGGUCAUACUUUAGUUUAAUUUUAUAUUAUCUUAAAAAAAUGAUACUUCAGCUGUAAACCAACUUUUUUAUAUACAAUAUAUCGAGACGAAUCAAUAAAAAGAAUAUGUUUCAAUUCAGAACUGGCAA